ACUAUUCGGAAACUAUGCACCUAAUUAUAUUUUUGUCUUUGGAGAUCCGUUCAAUCUGGGGCAGGGUUCAAAGAUUUACAUCGCAUACACCAUGAUUAUGCAAAAGUCAAUCGACGACGGCGUAUAUAUUAAAGAAAAAGACACUACGAUAUUAGUUUGUCACUGGAACUUUGUGCCAAGUAUCAAGCGAAACAUUUGGGAUGGGGAUAAUUGCAAAUUUCCCAUACGAGUCAACUCCUUUCACUAGAAUAAACAGUGAUGAUGAUAUCAAAAAUAGCAUUGCAGGAGAUGGUAGUUAUUUGGUAUUUAUUCAGAAAGGGAAACCAGUUUCAACAAAGGGGUUUAUAAUUCAAACCAAUGAAUCACAGGGUAAAAAAUUCGAAAUUCUUCAACUAGAAAGUUCAACCAGUACUGUUCCGGAAAAGUAUGCUCUAUUGCACGGCGACACUCCUGGUGUAAUUAAUGAAAUCUAUUGCGAAUUUUUGUCAGAUACUCUUAUCAGAACAUUUGUGGUAGAAAGUGAGCAUAUUAACAAUAAUUUAUCUAUCAAAGUAUCAAGAGGAUAUAUAAACCAUAUUGAUGACUAUAUUUAUAAUCCUUAUUACGAAACUCUAAAUAUCAUCGAACCAUUAACACUUGCUUAUAUUUAACAUAUCACUGCUUCGAUAAAAUGAUACUAUUUUUAAAG